AUGAGAGUUCAAUACCCUCCCACUCACCACCGAUCCAAGUCCGGCACUGAAACCGACGACCCGGACCCGACCCGGACCAUAAUGUCCGGGCCGGGCAUGUCCGUCGGCGGCCCGCUUCGCAAGAAAGGCACGGGAGUAAAGCCAUGGCUGCUCCUCGACUCCAACGGCCAAGCUCAGGUGGUCGAGGUCGGCAAACACGCCAUCAUGCGCCGGACGGGUCUACCCGCCCGCGACCUCCGGAUCCUCGACCCGCUUCUCUCGUACCCGUCGACGGUGCUCGGCCGGGAGAGAGCGAUCGUGAUUAACUUGGAGCACAUCAAGGCCAUCAUUACUGCUCAGGAGGUUCUGUUGCUCAAUUCCAGAGACCCGUCGGUGAUUCCGUUCAUCGAUGAGCUUCAGGGGAAGCUCUCUCGCCAUAGCCAAGCCUCCAAGGCCAUGAAAGCUCAGGAGGGGAAUGGCGAAGAGGCGAAAUGGUGUGACUUGGAGGAGGCAGAGGCGCAUUUGAGAGGUGUUGGUGCUGGUGGAGCUCAGGGAGGGGAAGCGGGUGGGAAUCAAGGUCAGGAGGAGAGUGGUGAAGGAUUGAAGGUACUGCCGUUCGAGUUUGUGGCGUUGGAGGUUUGUCUUGAAGCGGCUUGCAGUUGCUUGGAGAACGAGGCGAGGACGUUGGAGCUGGAAGCUCACCCGGCUUUGGAUAAGCUCACGUCGAAGAUUAGUACGCUCAAUUUGGAACGCGUGCGUCAGAUCAAGAGUCGCUUGGUGGCUAUUACCGGUCGCGUUCAGAAGGUGAGGGAUGAACUAGAACACUUGCUAGAUGAUGAUGACGAUAUGGCUGAAAUGUAUUUAACUGAAAAGUUACAACUUGAAAAUUCUACUACCUCAUCUUUGACUGAGAGAGAUGAUAUGAAUGAUGAAGGUCCACAAACAGAUAUAGAUUACAGGAACCUCACUGAAAUAUCACUGGAUGCUACUGGGGAAUCCAUGAAUUUUGAAGGCGAUCUUCGGAACACUGGUAACCCUGCUCAUGAAUCCAUGGACAUCCAUGGGACGCAUACUAGCAGCACUCGUAGUAUUACAACAGGCAAGACUCUUGAUGUGGAGGAGCUUGAAAUGCUAUUGGAGGCAUAUUUUGUGCAAAUUGAUGGUACAUUAAACAAUUUAUCCACGCUGAGGGAGUAUGUCGAUGACACUGAGGAUUACAUCAAUAUCAUGUUGGAUGACAAACAGAACCAUCUUUUGCAAAUGGGGGUUAUGCUGACAACAGCAACCCUGGUAGUAAGUGCCUUCGUUGUUGUGGCUGGUAUCUUCGGUAUGAAUAUUAAAAUUGACCUGUUUGAUGACACCAAAGCGGGGAUGAAAGAUUGGCUCUGGACUAUUGGUGGCAGCACUAUAGCCUCUGUAGUCUUGUAUAUAAUUGCUAUUGGAUGGUGCAAGCAAAAACGUUUGCUGGAGUAGUGAAGGUCGGAUCAGGGUCCCUUUAUAAACAGGAAAGGUGCUUAACAUAUGUUGUUGUGGUAGACAUCCUCUAUAUAGACAGACAUGAUUCUGUACAGCUUACUUCCUCGUUUAUGAUACAUAAUGCAAACAUGCAUGGAAUAAAGAUCGGCACUGGCACUGUUCAUCAGUUUUUGACAGAGCAGUAUCUCUGUAGUAAUAAGAGAAAUCCCUGGUCGUUUGCUGGAGUACUAGUCAAGGAAUUAGUAGCUGAGCAUGAGAAUCGAGGACAAAUUUGACUGUUUGAGGGAAGCUCUGAUGACCUGAAUCAGCUGAACUCAACUUGCAACUUACUGUCUAAAUAGACCAAUCAGAUGCAGCAUACUUCACACAGUUGCUGAAAUCAAAUAUUUCGAGUCUGCAUUUGUUUUGAUAAUGCAUUAUACAAGUAUAUGACUGCAGCUGCGCUAUUUCUGGUCCGAAUAUAUGUAUGUACUUUUCAAUCCCAGUACAUGAUGUGUGUGUACUUUUCAGAUCACAGUUCACAGUACAGUAAAUGUGUAUGUACUUUUCAGAUCACAGCCCAGUAACUUGAACCUAAGACAUGGUAAAAUUUUCGUUGAAGUUAUUUCUUCCUUU